UGGAGAGGGAGUGGGACCCGGAUGCUGAUGCGAAUGAGGAGAAGGAAGAGGCGAGAGAAAACAACGAUUUACUGGAAGGGGGAAUAAUAAAACGAAGAAGUGAUUUUCUUUUUCAUGCACGCAUUUUUACAUCUUGUGGGAAUCUGGUAAAUUGACAUCAAAGGACCUAAUGCCCAUAUCUGCAGAAGACAAAGCUCCAUGAACGAAAUCAGACCCGGCGAAGGAGGACACGGCAAAGGCGAGAGCGAGGGAAGAUGCUGUGAUACGCUCGUAGGGAGGGCUAGAGCGAAAGGGAGGGGGAGGGUGCAUCGCUAAAGAUGGUUGUUUUGCCAGAAACAAACGUAUCCCCCGAUAAAUCCUUUAUAAUGAGCCAUGGUGGAAAAGCAUGUACUGUAGUACAAGAACGAAACUUUAUCGUGGCUAUAUUUUGACAUAUCUUUGAAAAAAUGAUUACAGAUGUAUAAGCGAGGUCAGUUAGAGAGGAUGUGGGGAGGACUUGUUUGUUUAACAUAAAGGGUAGCAUGCUGGGUCCUCACCUGUAAUAUAGGCCUAACACCGGGUAAAUAUUUGACUUAAAUAUCCCUCAACCUAUAUCGAAUCGUCCAUAUUACUGUUGUAGUUCUCCGGAUGAGAGGAAGUGAGUGGAAGCACGCUGAUUAAUAGAUACAAUUGUGGCAAGAAAAGUCAGUGGAUAAAUCGUCCUGGAACGUUUGCGUAUUCGAAGCAUUACCAGUAUAGUUGUCAUAACUUACAUGGCCUUGCAACUCGCUUUGCUUAGAUUUCUUGUAGAUAUGUAUAUGGAAUAAGAUUUGACUGAGAGAGCGAGAUAAAUGGUCUGCUUUGACAUCAUCGAUAUACGACUCAGCCAUUAGCCUACUAGCUCUAUCUGUAGCCUUUUUCUGUGUGUCAUUAUUUUCCAACGCAUGGCAUUAGCAAAGCUUACAUUAUCCACCAUGAUGUCACGAUUGCAUAUCCUGACCCUAUUCUGUCAAAUAGAUAUAAUAAAACAGUUGCUCUCGUAGACGAACCGCACCUGCAAUAUUUAGACUGUUUCCCAUCAAACUGCACGACGUAGGCUAACGAAUAAGGCCUAGAGUAGUCAGAUGUCAUCCAACACAACCGAGCCGAAAUCACCUGCCAUCUGACAUACCCCAGACUACCCAGGCACCUUCCCGACACUGGGACAGGCCGUUCAUGACAGACCGUUCCUUGCAGCAACGUGGUGAAGUUGAGUACUAAUCACAGUAGUUGUAAUCCGCCGCACAGGUCAUUAUGUCGAGUAAGGAAAUGUCGGUGACCCAGUCUGCUCAGUAUGUUGGCCCCUACAGACUGGAGAAGACCCUGGGAAAGGGACAGACAGGUCUGGUUAAACUUGGAGUCCACUGCAUAACUGGACAGAAGGUUGCCAUUAAAAUAGUCAACCGAGAGAAGCUCUCCGAGUCAGUGUUAAUGAAGGUGGAGAGAGAAAUUGCCAUUCUGAAGCUGAUAGAGCAUCCGCAUGUGUUGAAACUGCAUGAUGUUUAUGAGAAUAACAAAUAUUUGUAUCUGGUCCUGGAGCAUGUGUCAGGUGGGGAGCUAUUUGACUAUUUGGUGAAGAAAGGAAGACUGACACCCAAAGAGGCCAGAAAGUUCUUCAGACAAAUCAUCUCGGCCCUGGACUUCUGCCACAGCCACUCCAUUUGCCACCGGGACCUGAAGCCAGAGAAUUUGUUGCUGGAUGAGAAGAACAAUAUCAGGAUCGCUGACUUUGGCAUGGCCUCACUGCAGGUGGGGGACAGUCUGCUGGAGACAAGCUGUGGCUCUCCACACUACGCCUGUCCGGAGGUUAUAAGGGGCGAGAAGUACGACGGUCGCCGGGCAGAUGUGUGGAGCUGUGGGGUCAUCCUUUUCGCUCUGCUUGUGGGUGCGCUACCCUUCGACCAUGACAACUUGCGGCAGCUGCUGGAGAAGGUGAAGAGUGGGGUGUUCCACAUGCCGCACUUCAUUCCGCCCGACUGCCAGGCUCUGCUGCGGGGCAUGAUCGAGGUCGACCCCGAGAAGAGGCUCACGUUAGAUGCCAUACAGAAGCACUCCUGGUAUCAAGCGGGUCGUAACGAGCCGCCCUGUCCAGAGCUGCCGGCCCCGAGGCGAGUGUGUGUGCGCCGGAUCGUCUCUCUGACCGAGCUGGACCCAGACGUACUGGAGAGUAUGUACUCACUGGGCUGCUUCAGGGACCGCAACAAGCUCACCAGGGACCUGCAGUGUGAAGAAGAGAACCAAGAGAAGAUGAUCUACUACCUGCUACUGGACCGCAAAGAGCGCUACCCGAGCUAUGAAGAUGAGGAUCUGCCCCCCAGGAAUGAUGUUGAUCCGCCGCGUAAGCGAGUGGACUCGCCCAUGCUGACGCGCAGUGGCCGUUGCCGGCCCGAGAGGAAGAGCCUGGAGGUGCUGAGCGUGACAGAGCAGGGUUCGCCCACACCCCCGCGCCGAGCCCUGGACACGUCCGCACACAGCCAGAGGUCUCGUUCUGUCAGCGGAGCGUCUACUGGUCUGUCCUCCAGUCCACUGAGUAGCCCCAGGGUGACGCCGCAGGGCUCGCCGCUGCCCACCCCGCUGGGCACGCCCGUGCACCACCCCCAGCACCCCCCUCCCACCCCCCCUUCCUCCUCCUCCUCCUCCUCGUCCCUCGCUGGCGCCCGUGGCGGCAGCGGCGGCGUGGGCUCAGCUCACCGCUCGCGCCUUGCCCUCCAGCCAGGCCCGGCCGGCAUGGCAAGCCAGCUUGGCAGCUCGGCCCACUGGAGGACCCGGCUCAACUCGUUCAAGAACAACCUGCUGGGCUCGCCCCGAUUCCACCGGCGCAAGCUGCAGGUGCCAACCUCGGAGGAUAUGUCCAGUUUAACACCAGAGUCCAGUCCAGAGCUGGCAAAGCGGUCAUGGUUCGGGAACUUCAUCAGCCUGGAGAAGGAAGAACAGAUCUUUGUCGUGAUCCGAGACAAACCACUCAGCUCCAUCAAGGCUGACAUUGUUCAUGCAUUCCUAUCAAUUCCCUCUCUCAGUCAUAGCGUUAUCUCCCAGACCAGUUUCCGGGCAGAGUAUAAGACAGCAGGAGGCCCAUCUGUCUUCCAGAAGCCUGUGAAGUUCCAGGUGGACAUUUCUUUCUCGGAGGGAGAGAGAGAGCGCGAGCGUGACCGGGACAGGGAGCGAGAACGCGACGGCAAACGGGACCUGGGCAUCUAUAGUGUCACCUUCACCCUCAUAUCAGGUCCCAGCCGAAGGUUUAAGAGGGUUGUUGAGACUAUUCAAGCUCAGUUACUCAGCACACAUGAUCAGCCUUCUGUUCAAGCUCUUGUUGAUGAGAAGAAUGGUCGCCCACCUGGCACCCCGACGAGGCAGAACUCACGGCGGUCAGAAGGAGGAGCCGACCGUUGUGAUUGGACAGAGCGAGGAGAAGGCGGGCCUUUGCUCCAACGCCGAGGAUCAGGCAAAGAGAGGACCCGCCUGCUGUCCUCCAACGGGACCCAAUCACAGCCCUGAAUGAAAAACCAAUCCACCAAUCCAGCAGCAUGUAUACAUAUGAGCCACACCUCCAAACCCCAGGAGCACACUCUGAAAUUCUGUUUGAAAAUUGCCCACAGGAUGAUGGUAUCUUUUUUUUGCUCCUUUUGUUAUUGAAAAAGGUGCUCAGCCAUGAAAGCAACAAGACCAAAUAUUGAGAGGAAGUCAGCUGAAAAUGUACCCAACGGUGAGGACUGAACAAGGCAAAGCUGCCCCAACCAAUCAACCCUCCCCCACCAACAAAGUCAUGGGGUUAAAUAAUGAAGAAAAACAACCCUGGAAGUAAAUGCAAAUUCUCCAUUUCAAUGCUAAUAGUUCCGAAAAUAUCAGAACUCAUGACAUGCCACAACUAUGAUUCCUUACGAUGGAAUAUGGCAUUCCUGAAAAUGUGGCAUAAGAGUCAAUCAGUUGCAAUCUUUAACUUUAACCAAUCCCACGAUCCCCCCUAAACUCCCGCCCCCUCUUAAAUUCAGUCCAACGAACUGGAGCUGACCAAUGUUUCUGGUCAUUGACAAAUGCACUGAGGCAUGUCUGUGGUCAUCAGUGACUGCAGAUCCCCUCAAAACACAUGACUCAGCCUCUAUAUACAACGCACAUCCGAGGUAGCUUUCAGUGCCUGGCCACACAGAGCUUUGGCAGUCUCACAUGCAAUAAACCUAUCAAACCUAUAAGCUAAGACAGAGUGAGCCUACAUUCCUGAACCUGCAGUCAGAGCCUGAAGUGCAUUUUCAGUAACCAUAAACAUCUCUAAAAAAAAACAACAAAAAAACAUCGGAACAGAUUCUUUAUACUUUUGAGGAUUUAAUGUAUCAUCCUCUAUUUAGAUUUUUCUUUUAAAAAAAAGAAACUUAAAAGAUUUUAAUCUGGCUAAUCUUCAACCAAGUGGGAGAAACCGAUGCUGUGUGGUCCCAGAGAUUAUAUGGAGCUGAACAACUGACCAUUCCUGAGCCCUGAACCUAAACCACAUACAUACUCAUACAUACUCCUGAGGAGUGAGACACACUAAGACACGCGGAGGGGUCAGACUGAACCUCGGCCGUCACAUGGACAAGAUGAGCCUGGGCUUACACCAGGGAACUGCUGGGAAAUACUGAACCCUUGAAGCUGGGACCAUACUGGAAAAGUAUGUGACACACACACACACACACACACACACACACACACACACACACACACACACAUACAUACA